AUGAAGUUUUUCAUAGAUGAUCUUCCGGUGCUGUUCCCGUAUCCGCGCAUUUACCCGGAGCAAUAUGCCUACAUGUGUGAUCUCAAGAAGACCCUCGAUGUCGGGGGUCACUGUGUGCUGGAGAUGCCCUCAGGCACAGGCAAAACGGUGUCCCUGCUUUCCUUGAUUGUUGCCUACCAGCAACAUUACCCCGAACACAGAAAGCUCAUCUAUUGCUCGCGAACCAUGUCCGAGAUCGAGAAGGCAUUGGCGGAGCUCAAGGCAUUGAUGAAACAUCGCACACAGGAGCUUGGAUUUGAAGAGGAGUUUCGCGCGCUGGGACUCACCAGUCGAAAGAACCUCUGUCUUCAUCCAUCGGUUAAACGAGAGAAAAGUGGUACUGUGGUCGACGCGAGGUGUCGGAGCUUGACAGCAGGCUUUGUCAAAGAAAAGAAAGAACGUGGUGAAGAAGUGGAUCUGUGCGUAUACCACGAGAAUCUCGAUCUUCUCGAGCCGCAUAAUCUUGUUCCCCCGGGAGUCUUCACCCUUGACGGUCUCCUUCGAUAUGGAGAGGAGCAUAAGCAGUGCCCCUAUUUUUCUGCUCGCCGAAUGAUGCCUUGGUGCAACGUCAUUAUCUACUCCUACCACUACCUCCUCGAUCCGAAAAUCGCUGAACGAGUGUCUCGAGAGCUAUCAAAAGACUGUAUCGUAGUUUUUGACGAAGCCCACAACAUUGAUAACGUCUGUAUCGAGUCCCUCAGUAUCGAUAUCAGCGAAGAUUCUCUCCGCAAAGCUACGAGAGGUGCAAGCAACCUGGAACGCAAGAUCGAAGAAAUGAAGAGCACGGAUGCGGAAAAGCUCCAGAACGAAUAUUCGAAACUAGUGGAGGGUUUGCAGCAAGCGGAACAAGCUCGAGAGGAAGAUCAGUUCAUCUCGAAUCCAGUUUUGCCGGAUGACCUAUUAAAAGAAGCAGUGCCUGGUAAUAUCCGCCGUGCUGAGCACUUUAUCUCGUUCUUGAAGAGAUUCAUCGAAUACCUCAAGACCCGAAUGAAAGUUACCCAUACUAUCUCGGAAACGCCACCUUCCUUCCUAACACACUUGAAAGACCUCACAUAUAUUGAACGCAAGCCUUUGAGAUUUUGUGCAGAGCGAUUGACAUCGCUUGUGCGGACUUUGGAGCUUAUGAACAUUGAAGACUACCAGCCUCUUCAAGAAGUCGCAACUUUUGCAACUCUUGUCGCAACCUAUGACAAAGGAUUUGUUCUUAUUCUUGAACCAUUUGAAUCCGAAGCAGCUACGGUACCAAAUCCCAUCCUCCACUUUACUUGCUUGGAUGCCGCCAUUGCUAUAAAACCAGUUUUGGACCGAUUCUAUUCCGUGGUCAUCACGUCCGGAACUUUGUCACCGCUGGAGAUGUACCCGAAGAUGCUAGGCUUCAAUGCCGUCAUGCAAGAGUCAUACAGCAUGACCCUAGCUCGCCGCUCUUUCUUGCCUAUGAUUGUCACCAGAGGAUCUGAUCAGGCACAAGUCUCGUCGUCCUUUGGUAUUCGCAAUGACCCAGGUGUAGUACGGAACUACGGCACUCUUCUCACGGAGUUUGCACGCAUCACGCCGGACGGCAUUGUGGUUUUCUUCCCCUCUUACCUUUACAUGGAAUCCAUUAUCAGCAUGUGGCAAGGUAUGGGUAUCCUGGACCAAAUCUGGAAUUAUAAAUUGAUUCUUGUUGAAACGCCCGACGCGCAAGAGUCCUCUCUUGCCCUUGAAACCUACCGCACAGCCUGCUGCAAUGGACGCGGUGCCAUCUUGCUCUGUGUCGCUCGAGGAAAGGUGUCCGAGGGAAUUGAUUUCGACCAUCACUAUGGUCGUGCUGUGUUGUGCAUUGGUGUGCCCUUCCAGUACACAGAAUCCCGCAUCUUGAAGGCGCGUCUGGAGUUCCUGCGAGAGAAUUAUCGCAUUAGAGAGAAUGACUUUCUAUCUUUCGAUGCCAUGCGACACGCCGCCCAGUGUUUAGGCCGUGUUCUUCGUGGUAAGGAUGACUAUGGAGUCAUGGUCCUAGCAGACCGCCGUUUCGAGCGUAAACGCCCUCAACUUCCAAAGUGGAUCAACCAGGCGAUGCUGGACAGUGAAACAAACCUCAGUACGGACAUGGCUGUCUCGAAUGCGAAAAACUUCCUACGCACUAUGGCACAGCCUUUCAAGGCCAGGGAUCAGGAAGGUAUUUCUACCUGGAGCUUGGCUGAUAUUGAGCGCCAUGAAGCCAAGCGCAAAACUGAGGAAGAGCGUAUCAUGCAGCAGCAGUUUGCGAACGGCCAUAACAUGGAUGGUGUUGUGAAAUCCACUGCGAUGGAGGUAGUCGUGGACGAGUUUGACGACGACAUUGAUGAAGAUCUCAUGAUGCUCGAUCCAUAG